AUGGAAUUAAAGACAGAAAUUAAACAAGAAAAUAUUACAACGAUACAAGAACCAAUUAAAAUGGAAGUACUAAAAGAAAAAAAACAACAAAAUCCGACGACAUUCAUGAUUAAAGACGAAACAUUUGAUGAAAAUGUUCCCGUGGCAACGACUACGAAACAGCUGCAAUUAUUUUCAUGUGAUGUGUGUAAUAAAAAAUUUAAUUUAAAAGCGAAUUUAUCAAAACAUUUGCGGGUUCAUUCUGGUGUAAAACCAUAUUCAUGUGAAAUUUGUAAUAAAUCAUUUACACAAUCAAAUGGUUUAAUGGCACAUAAACGUACACAUACUGGUGAAAAACCAUAUUCAUGUGAAAUUUGUCAUAAAGCAUUCGCUUUUCAAGGUAAUUUAAAUGAACAUAAACGGGUUCAUAGCGGUGAAAAACCAUUUUCAUGUGAAUUUUGUCAUAAAGCAUUUAAUACGCAAAAAAUUUUAAAACAACAUAAACGUACACAUACCGGUGAAAAACCAUUUUCAUGUGAACUUUGUCAUAAAUCAUUUGCACAGCAAAGUAGUUUAAUCAUGCAUACACGGAUACAUACCGCAUUUAGUCAAUCACAUAGUUUAACUAUACAUAAACGAACACAUACCGGUGAAAAACCAUAUUCAUGUGAAAUUUGUAAUAGAGCAUUUAGUCAGAAAAAUGGUUUAAUUCAACAUAAACGUACUCAUUCUGGUGAAAAACCAUAUUCAUUCGGUAUCAGUUAA